AGGUCAACGUACACAUAGCAAGAUGGUUGACUGGAACUCUGCUGGGGCUCAGUCGGUGACGAACUUCAUGUACAGCCAGAUGUUGGUUUUCAUGACGGGCUUGUAUGCGCGCGAAUACAUGCUUACCCUCUGGUUCGAGUGGUACUUGAUCUCCCAAAGGAUUGUAUUUAAAUGGACAUAUAUCCCAUAUCUUGCUGGACGCUAUCUCAUAUUGUUUGUCCUGUGUGGCCUGGUAGCGAUAAACCGAAUCACUCACCCUUUCAAUUGUCAAGUUUUACAACCACUCUUUAUCACCGGUGGGCUAGUUGCAGGCGCAUGUGCCACAGCCAACCUCAUGAUACGAACUGCAAUGAUGUGGAAACAUCGACGCUGGCUAGUCGCGUCCUUGAUCGCACUAUCACUUGGUCAAGUUGCUUUCUCGCUCUAUGCUGGUACAUCAGUUGUGAAUUCUCACUACGACCUCAAUCUUCGUACUUGCAAUCUCGAUUACGAAAGUCAUUCAGUCUUUGCUGGUGUGUUCGUCUAUUCCGUUAUAUACGAUCUCCUCAUUCUAACGUUGACAUGGAUUCACGUCUCCAAAGGCUCUAGAUCGUCUUUGUGGAGUACGUUGCGACGGCAAGGUCUUUGGUAUUUCUUGCUCACAUUCAUGGUGAAUAUGCCUGCAAUGAUAUUCGUCUGGCUGAACUUGAACGAUGCGAUGAAUGCGAUGUUCUACCCUCCAGCGACGACCAUCAGUGUCACUAUCUCAUGCCGUAUGGUAACAUCCCUGAUUGAGUCCAACAUGUCCGAAAGCAUGAGUAAAGAUGACGGGGCUGCUCGUACAACGUCAAGUCAUUGGAAGUCCUCCAACUCCGGAACUACUGUUACGACUCAAAACUUCACUACCAAUAUCGGGUUCCCAUCUGAGAUAUACAAUUCCCGUACGACUACACAUCCCGAACAAAGUGGCCUGCCAGCGACGCAAGGCGUGCCUUCGAUAACCGCGUAGCAUGGGUAGUCAUGACACAUGCAAAAGCUGAUCAAGAGCGAAUAGCUAGUUCCUUUGGACAGAUGGUUGAGUUUACAUCUAUAUAUGUUUCUUUUUUUAGCUAUCAGUAGUUAUUCGAGAUUGCGACGGUCUUAACUAUCUCCACUGUAGUGAGCACUCAUACACUGCUACUUUGCGCAACGUAUAUACUGUACCUGCUAUGCC